AUGCCUUAAUGAUGAUACUAAAAAUCGUGGCUUCCGUUAUAAAACCUCCGAUCUAAUCGAAGGUGCUGUUGUAUCUAUAUAUUAUUAUAUAUAUAUAUAUAUUGACAAAGAGAGAACAAAUAAAACAACACAACACACAACCUCUUCUUUUCCUUUCUCUUAAGAUUCUGCCAAAAAUCAAAGAGGAAGAAGAGAUGGUUCUUUCUCAAAAGCUUCACGAAGCUUUCAAAGGCACUGUUGAGAGAAUCACUGGUCCAAGAACCGUUUCUGCUUUUAAAGAAAAAGGAGUUCUUAGUGUCUCCGAAUUCAUCCUUGCUGGCGAUAAUCUCGUUGCCAAAUGCCCUACCUGGUCAUGGGAAUCGGGUGAGCCAAGCAAGAGGAAGUCAUAUUUACCAUCUGAGAAACAAUUUUUGAUUACUAGAAAUGUGCCUUGUCUGCGGAGAGCUGCAUCUAUUGAAGAAGAAUAUGAAGCUGCUGGAGGGGAAGUUCUACUUGAUGAUGAAGAUAAUGAUGGAUGGCUAGCAACUCAUGGAAAACCUAAAGAAACUAAAUCUGAGGAAGAUGACAAUUUACCUUCCAUGGAAAGCCUAGAAAUCAGCAAGAAGAGUUCUAUUAGGAAAGCAUCUACGUACAUGGAAGGUAAGGAGGAUGAUGAUAUUCCUGAUAUGGCAGAGUUUGAAGAAACUGACAACAUUAUUGAGAUAGAUCCUUCCACAUAUCUAGUAGCUCAUGAACCUGAUGAUGAUAAUAUUCUACGGACCCGCACCUAUGAUAUCAGCAUUACGUAUGAUAAGUAUUAUCAAACACCUCGGGUGUGGCUUACUGGCUAUGAUGAGUCAAGAAUGUUAUUGCAACCAGAACAUGUCCUUGAAGAUGUUAGUCAAGACCAUGCACGCAAAACGGUAACAAUUGAGGAUCACCCUCACUUGCCUGGGAAGCAUGCAUCUAUUCAUCCAUGUCGACAUGGAGCAGUUAUGAAGAAAAUCAUCGAUGUGUUGAUGUCACGUGGAGUUGAGCCUGAAGUUGACAAGUACCUAUUUCUUUUCUUGAAAUUUAUGGCCUCUGUAAUUCCAACAAUUGAGUAUGAUUACACCAUGGACUUCGAUCUUGGUAGCUCCAGCAAUUGACUAAGAAGGUAGCUGCACGUUUGAGUAUAACACGGGCAUAAUCUCUAUUACCAACACUUCUUUUUUUAUCGCGAAUAUUGAAACUACAUAUAAUCUAUAUGAACGUUGCACAGUUAUUGUACAUGUGUAAAGUCGGUGCAGUUCCUCUCUGGUGAACUGAAAUUUCUGGCAGGAAAGAAAUUUCUGGUGAUUGAAACUUCUAAUCAUUGGAGAGGAUCCGUGUAAAUUAUGGUCAUUUGAAUUGUGACUGUCUAGAAGUUGGACAAAUUUCCUUUAAAUAUGUACAUAACAAGCCAAUGUUGCUCCCAACAAUAUGAAUCAAUCAUGGCUAAUCAUUGGCUUGAAGUUCUUUACUCUUCUCCAUAGUUAAAUUAUUUAUUGGUUUAAUUGCAAUUUCACA